AUGCGCACGCAUGGUGAAUUUGAAUGGCUUUUCAGCUCACUAGCGGAGAACCCCAAGUACUGGGGAUUUAUCAUACCGCGCACAGUCGUUCGCCACGAACUCUUCUUGAAACGAAUAGUGGAGCAUCCAACACUCAGCGCUGAUGGCGAUUUGCAAUUAUUUUUGACGUUUCCAGGUCAAUUAGAAGUUCCCCAGCAGAAGAGAAAGCUUUUGAAUUUCUUCAAAGCAAUUUACAAAACUGACGAUUCUUCUCUUCUAUCAAUCGAAGAUAGCGACUUCUUCUUCGAAACGAAUAAAAACUUCGUGCUCGAUUAUCUGCCGAAACUUCAGGGAUGA